CCGCAACCCGACCAAACACCAACCCGACGUGACCCGACGUAACCUCACCCGCUACCAUGUACAAGUGCCAUUUGUCUGGUUGCACUUUCAGCUGUGGCACGCCCAUGGAACUUGUUGAGCACCAGCGCGACUGUAGUAUCCACCCUCGGACGACUUCUUCGACGAGUGCAGCAGUGGCCAUGAGUGGUGGUGAUGGAAGUGGUGUGCAUGCAAGUGAUGGUAUUGGUGGAAAUGGAAAUGCUCAAGGUCUCAACAAUGCCGCUGCGACACGUCUGCCUUCGUCCACAUCAUCCGUUUCGGUCGAUUCGUCAAUGGCCACAAUGCCACCAUCAUCAUCAUCAUCAUCAUCUUUGUCGACGGCUGGACCUCACUCGUCGCGCCCUGUCCCUGUUCCUCCUGUUCCUGCUGCUGUUCCUGCUGUUCCUGCUCCUGUUCCUGUUCCUGCUCCUGCUCCUGUUCCUGUUCCUGCUCCUGUUCCAGCUCCUGUUCCUGUUCCUGCUGCUACUGGUCACUCGACGCAUGGCAAUCGCCCAGAUCCCAAGCUGACCAUUCAUCUGCCGAGCUCGGCGGCGCUCGCUGCGGGCACGGCGAGUUUGGCUGCGAGGGCACCGCCGACUGGCUCGGCUCCGGCGCCCGUUCCGGUACCGAUGGACGUGGUGUCGGCGCGUAGUGCCGGCAGCGCACCGCCGUCCGCCGUCCCGAUGCCCGGACAUAGCAGCAUGCCGGCCCCGGUGCCGAUGGCUGUGGCUGCACCGGCAGCGCCGAGCGUGCCGGCCAAGCUUCGCGGGCCGACUUCGGUUCCGCUUCCUGUCCUUCCCUUCAAUCCUGUGACGCUGACGACGGCGCACGCUGCGCGUGACGAGCUCGGCAAGCGCUUCUCGGCCUGGCACCGCCAGGCAAUGCAUGCCGAGAACGAUACCGCGUUCCGCGAGGCGCGAAUCGUCAGCAUGGAGGCGCUGGCUGCACCGAUGGCGCUCGAGGCGCUCGAGGAGGCGUUUGGCCUGUGAGGUCAGUGGGCGACCUUGGCCAUUGUCAUGGCGCCGCCCAUGCGGUGGCGGCGAAGCGUGAGGAUGACGGCGAGGAUGAGGCCGGUGACGGCGAGCGCAAACGAGAUGAAGAACGAGGUCUGGUAGCACUUGUGGCCGAAGCACUUUUCGGACCGGCCCUGGGCCUUGGUCUGGACGUCGUAAAAGUGACCAAAGAGCG